CACACACGUUUGUUUUUGAGGGCAAACCGAACCGUGAGCAGACAUGGAAGCUGUAGUUGGACUGUUAUUGCUGUUGUGUGGAGUGCCUCGUGAUGUAGAAACUUACUGUGAUGGCAGACAGGAUGGAGCUCAGUGUUAUGGAGCUUUGGGAGGAAGUGUGGACAUCCAGCUGAUGGACAACACCUCAGAAAUAUCUAGAUACCAACUGUUAAAGAAUUCAUUAAAAAUACUAGAUGUGAGAAAUAAUAAUGUUAUUUCUAAUACCAUAGCAUAUAGAUCUAUUUUUCCCAGUAAUGGCACAUUUAGGAUCAAUAACCUGAGCCGGAAUGACAGUGGUAAUUAUACCCUUCAAACCUUUGAUUCAGAUGGAAAAACAUCAGGCGAGUGGACUUUAUGUAUAUUUGUUCAAGCUCCUGUGUCCUCUGUCCUGCUGCUCUCUGAGUGUCUGUCCCAGGGACAGAUGAGGGUGUCCUGCUCCUCUGAGGGAGGGGACAGUCCUCAGUACAGUUGGACUCUGGAUGGAUGCACACUGACAGAUGCUGAGCUCCUUUGUGGAAAUAAUGAGACUAACAACAUCACUCUGAAACAGCACGUCUCUGGACAUCUGGUCUGCUCGGUCAGGAACAACGUCAGUAAUGUCUUCAAAGAACAGAGGAUAUGUACCUGUGAAGCAGGUAUUUUGCCAGUGAUCUGUGGUGUUCUCUCAGCUUUGGUAAUUUUCCUAACUGUGGCUGCAGCAGUCAUCUGUGCGCAGAGGAAGAAACAAAAAAACACACCUACAAAAGAUGAAGAAGAUGGACAGCAAAUAAUGUACGCCGAUGUUAGAGUGAAGAAAAAGAAAGAACAGAAGAAAAUGGAGAAAAGAGUGGAGGUGGAGGCAGAGGUGGAGUACGGCCAAGUUUUAGUCAAGUCCUCAAGGCGAUCUCGGCACACUGAACAAGCAGGAGAUGAUUGUUUGUAUGUCAACAUGUAAAAAAUCAAUUGAUUAAAGUGAUCAGCAUUUUUACACAGACUACACCACUGAAGGUCCACAGAGGGAGGAGGUGGUGUCGAAAUACCGAAAGGUCUUUUAUUUAAUGGAACUUCCUAUCAGACAAAUCAUCAAAGCUCAUAAUGCAUCCACUCUUAUGUUCCUGCUAUGAACCUCUGAUAGAACAAAGUUUAUGAUUGUAAUGGCAGAUUCUCUUUUAUUUUGAACUCGACGUGACAAAGUGCAUUUUGUUUCAUGUUAUUUGGUUUCAUUGCUGCAUAACACUUUUUGCUUCAUAAUUUAAAUACAGUUCAGGUCAGAUGUCACUAUGUAGCACCAAAUCAUAGCAUCUCAAGUAAUAUCACACAGUAAAACAUUAGAGUAUAUUAAAUUUGAGCACUGUCAAACUACCUGUUAUAAUAAUAAUAACAACAGCAUUUAUGAUAUUUGGUCAUCAGUCUGGGAUCACAGGGGCAGCACAGGUUCAACAUGGUCGUAGUUUAUUUGUACUUCCAAUACCCCUGGGGCAAGUUUAACACACAUAUCUGGAGUUUUGUUGUUGUUCAGCGGUGCCAGUGUUUUUAAAAUCAGCAUCAGUACAAAUAUCAAGGAAAUGUUCAAAGUCAGAACAACAUUUAUGGAGCCCAGUCCUGUGUCUGUAAUCAUGUUGCAGAUUUUUCUCUGUUCAAUUCAUAUGUUGGAUAAACAACCGAAGACACAUUUAAGCAUAAAUGUAGAGACAGUGUCAUUAUUCUGGAGUUAAAAUCUCUUUAUGACAUUAUAAAUAAAGCUUUUGUUUUACAUUUGCUGAAUUUUAAUUUACUAUAUAUGAAUACACUUUGCUUUUGCACAGACAUAUAUUUAUGAAUACUGAUGACU